AUGCGAGCGGCCAUCAAGUAUAGGCAAAGCUUGGCUGCCCUUCAGAACAGCAUCGUAGAGACACCCUGCGUAACCUCGGCUACAUGGGAGCAGGCGGGUAGCUUAUUUGCAGCAUACCGUCUACUCGAUCUCGUAGCGUUGUGGCCAGCAGCCUUUGGACCAUCGUUGCCGGUAACCGUGCCCCUGAAUGAAAUACAGGCCAGCACAGGAACUAAGGAAAUAUUUUCACGGUUCAAGCUUGUAGAUGACUUGAAGGACUGGCCGGCAAUGCUCUGCUCUGCCAGGAAGCGCAUCCUCAGAGCCGACUCUAAGUCGCACAGAAACAUCAACACCCCUUCUAUCAGUGACACGCCGUCAUCCGCUUUCACCCAGGGCGGGCCCUCGGAAUCAACGCUAUUACUCUGUCUGGCGCGUAACCACUUCAAGGGUGUUGUGGGGAAAAUAAUCGGGAAUGUGUACUGCGCCUCGCUACACUACCAAAUCUUGUCAGGAAUGCGCGGUAUGAAGGACGAUGAACACGUUCUACCAGACAUUCCAACGGACACGGCUACUCUUGCAAAUCUCUAUGCAAGCGGCCAUCCUGAUGCUGCGUUGUUCCUCUCAGAGGUCACGCCAUCUCAUUUAAAAAUUCCUCUGCAUGUCGCCCUUUUCAUAUCCCCCAUCCUUCUUUUUGUGAAUAAAUCUUGGUAUUCUAAGAAAUGUGACCGGGAGCAGCUGCUUAAAGCCUCAAAAGCGCUCGGUAAUUGUCGCCCCCGUGUUCUGCGUGAAGUGGAGAUGGAAAUUUGGAAAAUCAUUGCAGCGCAAAAUUGCGACAUCCAGUCAGCCUUAUAUAAACUUGUUAUCUCAGACUGCUGGAUGGAAUGCGAGCGGGUAAUUGCACAAGAUCCCGCGUUUCACUUUUUCAUAUCGUCAACGAGCAGCGCCGAGGUUACAGCAAAUUCUAACCUAGCAAGGCGCAGCACUGAACCACACGCUCAACUUCAGACCGUUUCCCAUCAUGGUGAAAAAACCACCUGUGAAGGGUCCGACGCAGACGCGGAGGGUGACGAUGAUCACGAAGUGGACACGACAGAAAUGGUCAGCAUGGGUCAACGGGAGAACGGGGACAAUACGGUCCCUACCUCAAAUAUACAGCCUCCGGAAGACACGUCUUCAGUGGCUGGCAAGGAUGUCAGCAUGGGUCAACAGGAGAACGGGGACAAUACGGUCCCUACCUCAGAUAUACAGCCUCCGGAAGACACAUCUUCGGUGGCUGGCAAGGAUGUGCCCACGGACGAGCAACCUGGUUUGCCGCGGAGUGAUGAUAUUGGAUCUGGUCUACUUCAGACUGAGAAUACUGGGCCCUCAUCUGCAGGGGAUUGUGAGAUGAACGUCGAUCCGGAGCAAGCUGAUGUCGACCAUCAAAUGGAGGAUGGUCCACAUACCAAUGGUCCAGAAAAUUUGGGAGAUGGCGGGGCUGGACAAGGAGCUGAAGGGUCUUCUGACGAGGCAAAUCGUAUGUCGGAAGUUCACGAGGGCGAAAAGCAGGGGCAAGACGGAGAACGACCCGACGAGGAGAACCGAAUGUCAGAAGAUGGUGAGGAGGAAAGGCCAGACGACAGUUCGUCGGACAAUGAGACCGAGAAGCAGGGGCAAGGGGAUGUUCCACCAGUCCAGGAGGACAGAAUGUCGGUCGAUGGAGAGGGGGUAGGCCCAGAGCAAAACAAUGAUUCCUCAGACAUGGAGAGGAAUACAUUGGAAGACAGCCAAGGCGAAAAGGAGGGGGAGAACGCACCUCCUGCUCCUCUUAUUUUGAGGAUUCCUCCUGUUUCCCAGAUAAACAGGAGCAAAAACACCACGGCUGACUCCUCUCAGAAAGGGAAAGGGAAGGGCCGGCAGGGCCUUUCCAAGCGGCCUCCCAAACGCAAGCCGACGCAGGCUACCGACACAUUUGAUUCGGACGACGACCUGUGUAUUGAUGUCGAUCUGUACGACAGCAACACCACCCUUGAUGUCGUCAGCACUCCGGAGAAGGUGUAUGGCACCAAAGUUUGGUCCACCUACAACGGUCGUGGCCAACUUAAAAGUUUCUGCGUUGUUGCCCAUAGUCAAGCCGACGUGGAUCGUGUUGAAAGGGUUCUGGAAUUGGUCGAGAGUGACUACGUCGAUGGAGUUCCAUUGCACAUAGCACGUCCCGAAGAAUCAUGUUUUGCGGUAUUCGACCGCAGCACCACGAAAUCCAUGUAUCUGAUGGAGUCUUUCUCUGAAAGGAACGUCGUCCUUAUGUCUCCUUCUCAAGAGGAGUCUAUUUCAACUUGCUCCGACGAGUUCUACAGCCAGGUACGUCGCCAUAUGGGUGAUAUGACGAGCACCAGGUCAAUCCAAGAUAUGUCGACCAUGUCGUCUAACCCCAUCGAGAGGAUUAAGCGUGGGUCCCUCUCUCAGGUCAUGGAAGCAGCGAGGAUGAAAGGCAAAAGAGGAAAGAUCCUCAAUGCCCUCGACAUCCCUUUACCUCAUGCAGGCGCUCACUCUUUUGACUUGAGUACUGAGGCGGCUGCUCUUCGGGCUACAUCUGGUAGCUGGAAGUAUAGUACCCCCGUCCCAUUUGGUGAUAUGUCAUGGGGACUCGUAGCUACAGAGGGGGCAUUUUCAGAUAUCCAUAUCGAUGCCAAUGGUUUCUGUUCCUUCAUCCAACCUCUUCAUGGACUGAAGCUGUGGAUUAUCAUGUAUCCCAGACGGUUGGAUGUUGACCUUUCUUCUGACCGCCGUGUAUUUCUGGGAGACAAGCUGGAUUACGGGGAAACGCACCACCAAGACUGGAUUUACGAGGCGAUUGUUCUCGAUAACCAGUCAGAACUCUUCAUGAGACCGAAUACUCUACAUAUGGCGUAUUCUAUCUCCUCAGUGGUUUGCCGUGGCGGACAUUUUUACUCCUCCACUUCCUUCGAAGAAACCCUGACAGGAAUCAUUCACUGUUUUACCGCUGGAUACAGGGCAACGAAUACGAAUCAUUCAACGUCCCGAUUUUUCCUGCAGCAAACCAUACAUUGGUUCUACAAGGUUUUGGUUGAAGGUGACAGCGACCCAGAAGAUUUUUAUGAAAUGUACCAUGUCCCAUUCUACAGUACGCAGUCCGGAUACUCGAGCUUGAUAGCUCUGUGCGUGUGCAUGAUCUUGGCAAAUGCGCUCGACUACGAGACCUAUCGAAAUCCCGAUCAGAUGUUCUCCACCAAGACUUCGGCACAGUUAGACGCAUGGAUGCGGUGGGAUACCAACAGCCUGAGCGACGAAGAGCGCAAGGCGUGCAUCUUUGCCCGUGGCGAAGCCUUGGCUAUUCUAGAGUGGCUAUGUCAUCGCACGAAGUCCAUCCACUACAUGAUUGAGACGGACAAAAACAAGGAUGCACAAAAUAUCAUGGCGACAGAAAAGUUCCAUGAAAUGAUACUUUGCCGCUAUGCCCGUAUGAUUCUAGCCUACGACGCAGAAGCCAAACAUAACAACAUUGGUGGUGCCCCUUGCUGUACCGACACCAGUUUGCUUUUUGUCCAGCUUCAGGGCGUCUGCAGCGGAGAAUUGAACAAGGUUAUAUGUCGCAGUAUCGACCAGCUUCCUCGUUCCUCGGUCCCAAAGAUGCUCAAGUUACCCGUAAUCACUCUCAUUGACUGUGAUGCCUGUGCGGAUUCCUCAACGCAAUUGAGAACUCCCAAGGAGAUUCUGGAACUUGGUACGAGUGUGAGGGAUAAACUGUAUCUGGAUGGCAUGAAAGUCAAGCUGGAGAGCACAAAUCCGAUUGUGUGCUGCUCGUAUCGCCAGACCAAUACGCAAAUUCUCGCUGGGAUGAAAGCUUCUGGCUUUACUGUAACUGCUUCCAAUCGUUCAAGCUCUACAUCUAGAUCAGCAACCCCCGUAUCUCGAGACCCUUCUCCCGAAAUUGGUAAUUUUAUGGAAGUGGACUAUAUCGACAAUUUUCUUGGCGCGUCAUCAGAGAUGGAAGAUGACCCACCCCCCAAGGCAUCAAAAUACAACUAUCCGUACGUGAAGGAGGAUUAUAACGGGGCUGGAAGAGCAUUUGGAACAGGCCUUACAUUCAUGGAUCAGCUCAAACAGGAUCAAUUCGAACCCCAGCGGGCGGAAAAUUUGUACUAUCCUUUUGCCUCGAAAGAUGAAUGGGAGCUCUCCCUGUUCCUACUUCGCUCUGACAUGAGCGUAGGAAUGCUGAAUGAUUUUUUGAAACUUGAACUGAUAAAAAAACUCAACUUGUCCUACAAGUCGGCAAAAGAUCUACGCAACCGGGCAGAGAUCCUUCCCUCUGGUCCGCAGUGGAAGAGUCAAACGAUCAUACCAGAAAUACCAAGCAAAAAUCAGCUAACGCUUUUUUACCGCGAUGGAUUGGAAUGUAUCAAGGCGCUUCUCAUCAGUCCCUUGCUCCAAGAUAGCAUGCACUUUAGCCCAUUCAAGCUCUUCGACAAGUGCAACGAGAUGAUGCGGGUAUACACUGAGUGGUUUAGCGGUGACAUUGCGCAUUUUAUGCAGUAUAACAAGGUUCCCAAGGACCAGCUCCCAAAAGGAGCAACACUUGUACCUCCUAUUAUUUCCACGGAUAAAACCAACAUUUCCAACAUGACCGGAGGCCGUGUCGCCUACCCUGGCCUUAUCAGCAUUGCCAACAUAAUGAUGAACUUUCUUCAUCGCUCCAAAGCUGUGAAUGGGAUGAUGGCAGCACGGCUAUAUCACCAGUGCAUGGACAUUGCUCUAGAAUCGGUCAAACAAACUGCGAGGGUGGGAACCACCAUGGCAGAUGCAUUGGGGAAUAAUCGUUUCUGCUUUACACCGCUUGCUGCCCUUAUCGUUGAUACUCCAGAAUCUGCUCUGGCGGCUUGCGUCGCAGGAUCCACAUCCUCUGUGACGUUGGCACAAUACGAGACGUUUGGGGAUUCCUUUCGCCACCCUUCCCGAACUGCAGAUCAUACAAUCAACACCAUCAUGGCCAUCAACAAUGUUAAGCCCCCUAAUCAUCUCGAACCAUAUCUAAAAGAAAGCAAAAAGCACCGUCUCAAUGGGGUUCACCUACCGUUUUGGAGAGAUUGGCCCUUGUCUGAUCCUUCUGCAUUCCUUACACCUGAACCCCUUCAUCACUGGCACAAGAUGUUCUGGGAUCAUGAUGCAAAAUGGUGCAUUGCUGCAGUCGGAGGUUCCGAAUUGGAUUUUCGAUUUUCGAUUUUACAGCACCGCACUGGUUUCCGACACUUCAAGGAAGGGAUUUCUUCCUUGAAACAAGUGACCGGUAGGGAACAUCGGGACGUUCAGCGAUACAUUGUUGCUCUCAUUGCAGACACAGUCAGUACACCCUUUAUCUUAGCCAUCCGGUCUCUGAUGGACUUUCGGUAUCUCGCUGUCAGGGCAACACUAUAA